AAGCAGCAAAACAAAAAACAACGAGACCAAAAAACACGAAAGCAGAAACGAAAACAAAGAGGAAGAGGAAAUCGUGAAAAAUUUCGGGAAAAAUUCCGUUCUCCUCGUAUUCGCCGUUUUUCUCGUUAUUUCACUUUGUUUUUGUUUAUUUUCCUGACGACACGCUAUUUAAAUCGACCCGACUUAAUGAUGGCGGAGUUCCAUCGACUGGCUGACCAAAAAUACACCGAAGCUGAGUAUCUAUUCCAGCAGACAAUCGAAAUGGCCAAAUCAGAUGAAGAAUACGACGUGGAACUUUGCUCUACACCACCACCGCAAACGGGCGAAGUGUACGACCUGGAGUUGUUGCCACAGGAGCCCAGUAUUUUCUCAUGGAAGGUUGUAAAGCGUCGCCAGCGACCGCAUCGCCGUUACACUGUAUCGCACGGUGCACCACCAGCGCCGCCAUCCACGCCCACAUCACUGACGGCCAAUAAUACUCCUGCGCCCUCUCCCACCGCCUCCAGCAAUUUCAACGUGCACGGUAAUGCCGAUGACGAGCCACUGAACAGUCUCUUCUACAUUCUCGACUACGCACCCAAGUACAAAAAGAAACUCAAGGAGCAGCAACGCACCGAUGCCGAGCUAGCAGAGCUCUUCAAUGCCGUUACGAUAACUAGCAGUGGAGUUGGUGGUGGUAACGGUAAUGCGAGUAAUGGUGGCACGUUGUGUGAUGCAACAUCAGCCAAGUUGCCACCGGAACGUGGCAUAAGUGCCCAUUCCCGUGUGAUACGAAAACCUGAAGCUAACACUAAAAUAUUUAAGAUCCAUCGAAAUCCGAAAGAAUUUUUUCGGGAAACGGUGAGUGUAGGUGACGAAGAGGACUCUGUGUCAGCACCCGAAUAUGAUGAUGCCCAGGAAGAGGAAACCCGAUUUCGACGACUGAGACGCUACAAAUUUUCCACAACGCGUAAUCGACUACAAAAAUCAAAGCGGCAACGACGUUUUGCACGCUUUGAACAUCAAGAGCGUAUGGACUCUAUGAUGGAUAAUUUUGACGCCGCCAUGAAAAUGAACGAAGCCUAAAUUGUUAGCUGUUUUCGUGGCUGACCAAUGUCCGUUUGAGAUAAAGCGGCAUGCAACAGUGAAAUGUGAGGAAACUGAGUUCAGGAAAAUUACGACAAAAAUUAGCAUAUGGACGAGAACGACGACGAUGCAGACGUCGAACCUUCCAAAUGGGUCUCAAUGUGAUGAAUAUGAAUUUCUUCUGCUAAAUUAUUAUUAUUAAUGAACUGCAAAAUAAUUUCUUCAUUGAAUUUUUUGCGUAAAAUCCACUUUAAACUUUAAACGAGUAGAUUCUUUCCCCUUUUUUAUAUAUUUUUUUUUUAACAGAAAAAAAAAAACUAAGAAAGAAGCAAUUCUUGAUUAAAAAAAUUAUAAAAAAUGAAUAUAAUUGUAUUGUAAACUAUUGUAGAAGAGGCGCCCAAAGCGUCAUGUGUGCACGGUUGCUGUAAGUCGGGUCUUGUAUGUAGAUGCCUGCAAUCACGGUGGCUCCGCGACGCUGACGCACUGACCUUCUAGGCAUAAGCGGCUAUACGCGUCGCAAUACUCUGUGUGUGAAUUGUUUGUUUACUCCUCUCUUAUUAUUUUCCGUUGUAAAUGUGUGAGUGGCGAACACGAGGAGCGCUGUGUUUCGAAAAACAUAUAAAUAAAUACAUAAAAACAAA